GGAAUGCUGGAUGCUUUGUUUUUAUCGUUGUAAACCCGGAAAAUGAAACUACAAAGAAUUUUUUCUUAAUUUGUCAUCUUAUCUCACACUUUAAAUCAAAAUGCACUAUUUAAUCAUUUUACUGAACAUAGUGUUAUGUGUACAGCUAGCGCUGUCUACUGAUUUUGACUUUUGUAGUGAACCACCUCAGAGUGGUGUGUGUUCAACUAUGUUUAUAGCUUGGUUCUAUAAUGCAACAAAACAAGAAUGCCAAGAAUUUGUUUAUCUAGGAUGUGGUGGCAACAAGAAUAGAUUUAAAACAGAAGAAGAAUGCUACUCACACUGCAAAGAGAAGUUGAUACAUCUUCACCCUCCACGAAAUGUGACAGUGGCAUAUGUACGAAGUAACAGGUUAUAUUUAUACUGGUUCCCACCUGUAAAUUAUAAACUUCAUACACCACUGCUGACAAAUGAAACAUUGGUCGGUUCAGCAGGAGGGGCCAGAUCAUCACCGGUUUUAAUACCUGUAGGUUCAAAACGUGUAUCACGGUCGGUUUCCUCGAAUGAUAAUUCAACAGAGACUGGGUCCACACCAUCAAAUACCACUGCAAAUAAUACUAACACAACAGAAUCAGGAGGAAAUUCUACAAGUACAGACACUAAAAUGGGGGAGGAUAGUUCAACAGCAAGUCCAACAGUGGCUACUAACACAGGGGAGGAAGUAGAAAUAGCUGGAACAAAUCUUAGCAUAACUGACUAUAUAGAAAAGGAGAAAGUUCCCUUUCAUUUUGCAAGAUUGACCCAUUAUUUGAUAGUUAUAAUGCUUUCUUCAGGAGAAUUGGUGAAGCAAAUUAAUGUACCUGGGAAUAUAACGGAACAGAAUAUAACUGGUUUGUCACCUUCUACAGAAUAUAUAAUCACUGUUAGUGCAGUAUAUCUUACCAAUUCCACUGUAUCAGCAAAAAAUAUCACAGCAAAGACUUCACAGGAUCCUUCCAAAGCUACGAACUGUUACUGCGACCCAUACGGAACAAUAAAUGGCUACAAGACAUGUAAUCUAUCUCUGUCACAUGUACCAUGGUGCGAGUGUAAACCCCGUCAUGCCGGACUUUUUUGCGAGAUUUGUGGACAUGGAUAUUACAGGACGACACCAAGUCUGCCGUGCCAUACUUGUCCCUGUCCUAAAACAUUUUCCACAGGAUCUUGUCACUUUAUGGAGGGAUAUCUACAUUGUACCACUUGUAAAGAAGGUUACACGGGCAACCUGUGUCAUCGCUGUGCCAACGGUUACUAUAGAGACCAUAUCAAUUCUCCUACCAAGUGUAUCAAAUGUCAUGGUUGUCAUGACAUCACACCAGGACUAAUAUGUGAUCCCUUUUCAGGGAAAUGUUUAAACUGCCAUUACAACACAACAGGAGAAAGAUGUAACAGGUGCUUGGAUGGUUUCCAGGGCGAUCCUUUAAAUAAAAUUCCUUGUGUACCUAUUGCUAAGGAACAUAAAGCCAUGAAAACGCCAGCUGCAGGUAUGAUCGCUGCCAUCGUAAUCGCCAUUAUAGUUUUAUUGUCAGGUAUUGUAGGGUUUAUUGUGUAUAAACGCAGUCACAACUUCCCUAAAAACAAGCCGUUUUGGACAAUAGAAUUCAAGGAAGAUCAUGACGAUGUGAAUUUCAGUGCCGUUCCCGACGAUGAACUUGAACGUCAGCAUGACGAUAUGAGAUUUUAUGAAUCACAGUCAAGAGGGAAAAAUAAACUUCCGCCAUACGCUCAGCUUAAAGAAGAUGAUUGAUGGCGUUAACAGGAAUAAAGUUUUUAUGGUAGAAUGAAUAUUUGGUUGUGGGAAACAAGUUUAGAAAUUUAGCAAUUUUUGGCUAGUUGGGCAUCUAAUAAGUUUGUCAGAUUUACGUGUGAUUUAUCAAGCUUAGAAGGUAUCACUGUUGAUAAAUUGUGAUGUAAGAAGUCUACAGACAUUGAUAAGUAAAUAAUCAAUUAUAUAACAAAUUUUCAGACAUUUUUUGUUUAUUUUCGAGGUUAAUUUUGUUUUUAAUAUUUGUCAGACAUCUUAUUCUUUAUUUGUCAGGCUGUUUAUACAUUUGUUGUAUAAGGCAUGUUAGAUUGUAUUUGUAAAUAUUAUCUAAGAAGCUUGUUUUUAGGCUCAUUUUAAAGGCAGGUUAAGUUUGAUAGCUUUUAAGUGACACUUUAUUUUAAAAUCACUUUUGUAAUAAAUUCUUCAGUAUACAAGUCCCAAGCUUAGUUCAGAUGGGAUGUUAUCAGAUUUUAAGAAAAGGGAUUGCUGGAUCAUUCCUUGGAUGAGACAAAAUUCUCUGCUAUCAUUUACACACAUUGUGUUUAAUGGUGAUUUGUGUCCCACUCCUUAUUCAAAAAUCAUUUUCAAUUAGAAGUCAUCAGUCGAGAAAUUGUUAAUUACUGGUUAGUUAUUCAGGAAAGCUGGUCAGGUUGAUUGACUGUUUAGAUAUGACCUCAAAUAUGCUUUUAAAGCAUAAAAAACCAGACAAACAGACUUGUCAGGAUACAAAUUACAUGGUAGGAAAUUGGUAAGGGUAUCAGUGUUCGAAAUUAGCAGUAGUCCGAUAGCCCAUGACUAUUAAAUUUCUCCUCGGGCUACCAACUUUUCACAGUAAUAAGCCCGACCAGGCUACUGUAUUUUCAGAGGCAUUAUAAACAACUGUUUUGAACAAAUGAAUCGUGCUAGUGAAAUGUCUUGAGUGAAUAUUCCAAUCUGGUAGUCCGACCAGCCUAGUCGAUUCAAAUCCUAAUUUCUUACACUGGGGUAUGGGAAGAAAAAUGAAGAAAUAUUGGGGCUUUUCUACAGUUUUGUAUGAUGUUAUUACACUUGAUGUAGACCUUGCAUGCUACUCUGUGAAUCAUUAUGUAUUAGAGGUUUUAUUUUAAAUCUUCACAAAUUUCUUUAUUGUCAUAAUUGUAGGUCAUUUAAAUUCAAUAAAUUCUUUCCCUUAUUUGUAAACUUCCUACAGGACACUUUUAUGAUAAUAAGGUGUGCAGUCCAACUGAAAGCUCCUGUUUUAAAUUAAAUGCAUUUCUCCAGAAAGAUGACACAUUAAGAUGUACUUGUGAAUAAUGUACAUGAAGUUUUUUUUACACUGAGUUCUUAAUUGUAUAGAUUCAUUCCAACAAUACAAAGCUUCAUAGUUUGUGUAGAUUCAUUUAGGAAAUAACAGUGCUUUUUAUUUUGUAUAGAAUCAUUCCAGCUACACAAUGCUUUCUAGUUUUGUAUAGAUUCAUUCCAACGAUACAAUGCUUCCUCAUUGUAUAGAUUUAUUCAGGCUACACAACUCUUCCUCAUUGUAUAGAUUUAUUACAGCAACACAAUGUGUUCUAGUUUAUAUAGAUUUAUUUAAGAAACACAAUGCUUUGUAGUUUCACUCAGAUUCAUUUCUUCUACGCAUAUUAUUCAGUUUCCGACCUUAAAAAGUAAUUUUCUUAUUGUUAAAUAUUUAGAAAAAGCUCUUUAUGAAGUUCAAUUUUUUUAUUUGAAGUUAUAAAGCUAUAAGCUAUGUAAUGUUGUAUAUUUAUAUAUGUAAAUAAUAUUACUUCAAUUUUUCAAUAAUCUGUCAAUUGUGCAGUUGGUAUAGUUAUAACAGGUAGUUAAUUAGCAAGUGCUUGCCAAAUUACGAAAUUGUAUAAUCAUUUUUUUUCCCUAUCAUUUUACGAUCAAAAUUUUGUAUUUGUGAUUUAUGUUUAAUUUUGUAUUUGUGACUUGUCUUUAAAAAUAAAUGUAUGUUUUAGUGGAAAAAAUUUAAAUUGCUUCAAGUUUUAUAUUGUAUAGUUGUAGACAGGUGACGGUUUUACUUGUUUUAGAUUAUUGGAAUAACAUUUACUGUAUGUUCAUUGAUUUUUGUGUGAUUAUAAUUGAAUAUGUUUGUCUGUCUGUCUGUCUGUUUGUCUGUCUGUCUGUUUUGGGAAAGCCCAAAUCCUGUUGCAGUUAAUUAUAUCACAGUUCUAUAAAGAGUACCAUAUAUACCAGUGUAUUUAAUAUUUGUGUAAGUGUAUAUUUUAUUUUUUUAGUUUUAUCACAAUUAACAAUAUUGAAAGUAAUAUAGUAUUGUCGGACAGACAGUAAAUUUGAGAACAGCUUUUUUUUAUUAUGUAAAUUUUUUUAAAUCUUUUUUAAAUACUAUAUAUGACUAAAUAAUGUCUUUUUAACUAAGUUUGUAUAAUUUUGUUAUAAUUUUUUUUUUCAAAACAUAAAAAAAAACAAUCACAAAAAUAUUUUCAAACAAAUGUUUAUGAAAAGCACAAUACAUCAUUGAAGCUGAAAGUGGCCUUAUGACUAUAUUUGUUGGUGAGAUAUUCGUAUAAGCUAACACUGAAAAGUGCUUUACAGGUUCAUGUAUGUAAUGUGAUUUUUGACACAUUUAUGCAAGUAUGGAAAUAAGUUUUAUAACAUGUAAAGAAAAUGAUUUUGUAUUCACAUGGAAAUAAUCUUAAUGCAUUUAUGAAAAUAAAUUUAUGGUACUUAAUAGAAUAUGUUAUAUUGAAUACUUGUAGAUGGAAAUUAAUUUUAUUGCUUUCAUGGAUAUAAGCUUUAGUGCUAAUAUGGAAAUAAGUUUAAGAAAAUAAAUGGAAAUACCUUUUUAGCAUGUUUGGAAAAAGUUUUAGUGUAGUUUUGUAUCUGCAUGCCUUUGUUACUAGGUAACCAAUGAAGUAAGGACUAUAUUUGUAUAUUUUGACCUGUUUUUGGUAGAUUACAUGUAAGUGCUGUUUGCAAUGUGUGAAUUACUUUCCUUUGUUCACUCCACAAUAUUUUACUUUUAAAUACAUUUUUAAAAGUUUCCUGAAAAUCUGGAGGCAUGCUGCUUUAUGGCAUAGAUGGAAAUAAGUCAAAGUGAUUCCAUGGAAAUGUGUAAAGUGCAUAUAUGGCAAUAAGUUUUAUGGCUGAUUAUUAGUGCUCAGAUGGAAAUAUAUCUAUCCCCCUUUGCUGUUUAUUAUUAAUGUAUGUAUUCUUGAAGUUAAAUGCAAUUAGCAUGUUUGUAAAAGACAUAGAUGGUUGUGAUUGUUAGAGUUGUGAGGAAAAAGUUUUUGAAUAUGAAUUUUAUUGUAUUUGUGCAGUUUUAUACUUUGUUAAAAAAAGAAACUUCAAUGUGAAAAAAUAUUAUGUACACUAUAAAACAUUUUUCAACUAUUUUUUAACAGUUCUUGAAACUAGUUUCGUUUUUUUUUAUCAAUUUCUAUGGAAUAUGUACAAAAACAUUUUACUAGUCAUCUCAUUUCAUUUAUUUUAAGUCAUUUAAAUCAUAAAUUUUAUUACAUAGGUCUGUUAAUUAGUGCAUUUGCUCUGUAAAUUUUUUUUAUUUUUCAAAAGCUUUAUAAAUUUGGUGUUCUUUAUAGUUUCCAAAAAGUUAGUCAUUGGUCAAAUACUUGAAUCAUGAAUUAGUACAAUCAUAGUGAUUUACUAUUUUUAUGGAAGUCAAAACAUACUUCUUUGUUUACAUUUUGCUACUUUUGUAAAAAAUGAUUUCACAAUUAAGCCUAUUUUCGUCAGGCAUUUAUCAUAUACCAGUACAUGCUCUAAAACUAUAAAACUCAUGUAAAGUUUAAAUUUAUGUAAGAAGUAUCAAAAAAUAAAGUGCUUUAUCCCUUUGGCCAUUUGGUUCUUGCGAAAAGUAAGUUUAUUCAUAGAUGUUGUCCUUAUUAUUGUUACAAUAAAAUAUAUUUAGAAAUAGUUGCUUUCAUUUUAAAGAUUGCAACUGAAAUUGAAUACAUGUACUUUUACUGCAUGAAUACUUGUCUUUCAUUUUGAUACAUUCAUUUUGUUUUUAUUCAUUACUUUUUUUUUAUGAGAAAUUGUAAUUGAAUUGAUUUGUAUAUUUUAUUUUUUAUCUUUGAUUUGUCAUUUGAGCCGCAUCACGACAAAACCAACAUAAUGGGUUUGCGACCAGCAUGGAUCCAGACCAGCCUGCGCACCGCGCAGUCUGAUGAGGACCCAUGUUGUUCGCUAUCAGUUUCUCUUCUUGUUAUAGGGUUUGUAAGCGAACAGCAUGGAUCCUGAUCAGACUGCGCAGAUGCACAGGCUGGUCUGGAUCCAUGCUGGUCGCAAACGCAUUAUGUUGGUUUUGUCGUGAUGCGGCUCAUUUUCUUUUUAGCUUAUUUGCUCAUAGGAUAAUGAAGGGUAUAAGAUUUGUUCUUGACCACUGGAUAAAUAUAAUGGUUAUUGAUCAUGAAGGAAGGUGUGUAAGCUAUUGAAAUUAUAGACUUUUAUUAAAGUUUACUACUGGAAUAGGGAAUUGCCUUGAAAUUUGAUACAACAUACAAAUUCAUCAAUUGUUUUGACAAUUUUCUGCAGAUAGAGUGAAUAAUUGUAUUGUCUCUCCAGAUAAGUAAUGUGGAAAUAAUUUCAGAAAUGAAGCCCAGUUAUAAUUAACCUCUGGCAUUAGUCAGUUUCGAAAAAAAUUUAAAUAGCAAUAAAUUACAAGAUUUUAUCAAAAUGGUAACUAAAACCAUUCUUAAUUAAGAAAAAAACUUGCAACAAAAAUACAACCUCUGUAAAAAAGGGAAUUUAUUGUUGUCAUGGAAGGUUAGUCAGUUCAAUUCAAUGCUUUAUUUAGAUGUUUUAGGCCACCAGCCCAUACACUUAUAUAAGGAUAUCGGGAUGAAAAUUUGGCCCUUGGUCAGUCAACCCUAGUCCGAUUUCAUCCAUGUGCAAAGGCUUUUCAUUUUCGGUUCAACGUUUUAAAGGUCAAAGUUAUUAGUCAGUGUUUAUAUAGCUUCUAAUAAGUAAUAAAAUAUUUGUCUUAGUAAUGAGUAUUGUUUUUAAUGACUUUUUUUUUUUACUUAUGUUUGUUUAAUACGCUUCUUUGGUUGUGAUGUAUACAUUCCAUGAAUUAAAAUACAUGUAAA